AUGACUUCACUACUUCGACGACUACUCGCGUUUUUCAAGUCAAAUUCAAGCGCCACUCCUCCCGAUGGCCCACCCACCGUGACUUGGCUCCUCCAGAACCGGGCCAAUCGGAAGCUACCGGCACUGACCAAAGGCCGCACGCCAACGGCUUCCAUCUAUCGCAUGUACGAGUACCUGGUAACCGACUACAUCGUCGGCUUGAGGACCGAGAUCGAAUUCUUUUUCAAUCAGCCAUCAUGGGCCGUUGCUGCCAUUCCGGAUCCAGAGGACACAGACCCGGAAAGAUACACCAUCUAG